AUGGCGUUACAAGCGUAUCUUUCCCACACCGGCGGCCUGCUCACCUUCAACGAUCCCGCGGCCCGAGUCGACAACUUGCGGCCAUGGCUCGAGGCCAAUACUGCCAUUCCCGCCUCUCGCCAGAUCUUGAUGACGGCUCGCGGCAAGAUUGUCAAGAAUCUCAACAACGAACAGGAGGUUUAUGUCUACGACAAGCAGUUCCUGUCCCCGGACUCCAGCCCCCCUUCCCGUGAGGAUGUCCAACUCCAACCGCUCUCCGAACCCCCUUCGUAUCUCACCGAUGAGACCAGCCUCAAAGCAUGGCAAGAGUUGUUCAACUCUCGGCGAACGUGGGCGCUGGAGGCAUUUGAGAUUGCCAGAACAGGAGUGGAGAAUAUCGAAAUAUGUGCAGAGGAGGCAUCGGUCAUUGCCAGGUCCAUGAAGGUCGCCCUGGACAACCUGCGAAACCACGUCACGACGCUGCAACAGAGGUUCGAGGAGACAAACCAAUGGGCUCAAGGCUAUAUACAAGAACAUCGGGAGGUCCUCAAAGACUGGCAAGCGGGUGUGGACACCCUUGCAGAGCUUCCUGUCCGUGAAGACGUGGUCAGGGUGUUGCGGCGCCCGGCUGAGCCUGAUGGCAAAGACCCGUCAGCACCGGUUGGAACUCUUUUCGAUUUGGUCGACCGAGAGAGCCUGCAGGCUGCCGCAAAGAGUGUUCAACAAAGCUCGGCCGACUUUGAGACGAGGCUACGUGAACUGCAGUCGGGCAUGGAGAAACUAAAGCAGGAUACAGAUGAAGCUCAGACUCGCUCAACUCAGGUGCCAGACUUCGACACCAAUGCUCUACUGGACGAGGCCGAGACACUGGCGAAGCGGAUCAGCUCCGACUAUCAAGACGUCGUACAGAUGCAGGACAAUCAGAAGUCUGUGGUUGCAGCGUCAAGAAAGGCUGCAGUUCAUACUCGCGAGUUGCUGCCUGCCAUGCACGGUGUCGUGGAAGAAAUUAUCCAGGCUUCCCUGAGUGCAUCCGAGACACGAAACACCGCGUCUCAUGACUGGUAUUCGACUCUGCAACUCAUUUCCAGUAUUCAAUCUCGCCUCGCAGAACUGCAGUCCGGCAUCACAAACCUCGACUUCCACGACAACGAUAACUUUACAGCCCUUAAUCGGGUCUUUCAGCUGCCACUUGUCUAUGGUGCCACACUUGUGGAAGCAACGCGAAGAUCCGAGUGGACUGAGCGAAUGCGGGCAGAGGUCGACGUUCUCCAUGAAGAUCUUUCCCAGCAGACCGAGGAAGAGCAAAGAACGCGAAAGAAAUGGACGGCUUCGCACAGCGACUUCUUGAAUGAGGAUAUGAAUGCCAAAGAUGCACUCAUCGAUCUCAAAGCGACCGCCCCACGGAAUUCCUGGCCGUUCGUGAGCAGGGACGAAAUAUUCGCCUGGGUUGACGACCUGAGGGCGCUCGGUAUCAACGAUGCAGUACAGUCGGUCAUGCAGCGAAUGAAAGAUCUGGAUGCCCCAGUUCGCAAGCAGAAGACGAAGCCAUUCAAAAACGGGAGUAUCCACGAUCUCAGUCAGAGUGCUGCUCUCCGCGGCGGGGACGAAGUCAGAGGUCUACAGGACGAGAAAGCAAGACUUGAGGAGAAGCUUCGCGCUUCCGAUAGUCGAGUGCGGAAGCUGGAAGACCUCCUCCACCGUCAAAGCCAGCUCAGCCGGCCUGCCAGCGGGAUCUUCCAGCCUGGCAGCGCUGCGGACUUUGAGAGACAACAGACCCCUUCACCGAGUCCGCUGCACAGACAUAGCGACCUGUCUCGCAGGUCAUCAGUGUCUCUCCGAAGAUUAUCCAAUAAUCAGGACGAGAAGUCCUUGGUGCAGAAAAUCGUUGCAUUAGAAAGUCAGAUCCAAAAGCUGCAAGAGGAGGCUCACGCAGAACGGCGUUCCAGUACCGAGAGCAGAGACAAAAUGCAGGAAGCGGAAUUGGUCAAGCGAGACUUGAUGGCCAAUUUCGAGGCGCAGAAGCAAGAGUUUGAAGAGGAGCGACAACUGCUGGACGACGAAGUGCAUCGUCUCAAAGUCAAACUGGAGGAAGCCGAGGAAGAGCUUGAUCGUCUCAAUGACUCUAGGGACCAUCUUCGUUCUGAACAAGAUCAAACAGUGCUCAACUUACGGAAUGAGUUGGAACAACUAAAGAAGACCUCUGCAGAUGAUCUCGCGCUGUCAGACCGCCGAGUCGAAUCGGCGCGAAAAGAAGCAGCCGCGCACCGCGAGCGAGCAGCAACGCUCGAUCGCCAACUUCACCAACUCAAGGAAGAACGGGCAGCCGCACAAUCUCAGAAUAUGGCCCUGGCGAACCAACUGCGCUCAAUGGAAGAUCAGCAGCAAGAAUAUAUCCCCAUCCUUCAAGGAGCACACUCGAACCUAUCACCAGCAGGUUCUCCCCCAGAUGAUCUUCGCCGUCUCGUUAACGCAUUGGAGAUUCUCUCCGAAGGUGCCGCGAUUCACGCUCGAGGCCUUGACGAUUCUCUCCAGCUCGCCACUGCAGAGAACAAAUCGCUGGAGGAGAAGUUGUCGAACGCUGAAAGCGAGAUCAAAACUCUCACAGACAAACUGUCCACAAUGGAAAUGCGGGCGAAUGAACUGAGGGAAGACCUCGAACAGGAGCGAAGUAAGAUCUCUGUGCUGAAAUCUGAACUUGCGGGCGAGCGCGCCGAAAUGGAUUCCUUACGCGAGAAGUUUGCUGCUGGAGAGACGGGCUCUGAUGCCCUGCGCCAGCAACUCAAGUCUGAAGAAAUCAAAGUCGCGCAAUUAAUGGACCGCAAAGCUGAAGAUGAGGGUCUCAUCCAGCGCCUGAAGCAUGAAAUUGAAGAUCUCAAUCGGGAAGCCGUCAAUGCGGCAGAGAAACAGGAGAAAUUGCGCAAGCAUUUCGACAAGAGGGGCGAAAGGGCAAAACAGCUUUCUGAGAGGUUGUUCCACCAUCACGAUCGGAUCAUUCGCAUGCUUGAGCAGUUUGGCUAUUAUGUCUCCCGCCAGGAUGAUAUGCUCGUAAUUCAGCGCGCGAGUAAAGUGAACGCGAGCGCGGUGCUUAGUGGCAACGAGGGAUCGGGACCAGGCAUUUCCAUGAGGCGGACCAUCUCGGGUUCAGCGCCCCCACAACACUAUUCCGAUCCUUCAGACCUCGACACCCUGUAUUGGACGUCCGACAACGAUCUCACCUCGGAGUCGACAAAAUACUCUGGCUUCCUCUCCACCCUAUCGAGGCUUGACAUGGACAGCACGAUUGACCUGAUCACGAAGCGCUACAAGGACGUCGAAACGUUGGCGAAGAAAUACCAAAAGGAUUCCCGCGCGUACAGAGAACGAACGCACCGCUCUCAGGCCGAGGCGCACGAUAAAAUCGCAUAUAGGAGCUUUAAGGAAGGGGAUCUGGCUUUGUUUUUGCCCACGAGGAAUCAAGCGACAAGACCCUGGGCGGCGUUCAAUGUCGGUGCACCGCAUUACUUUCUGAGAGAGCAGGAUGCGCACAAAUUGCAAUCGAGAGACUGGUUGCUCGCACGAAUCACGAAGAUAGAAGAGAGGGUGGUAGAUCUGAGUAGGAGCAUGCGUGGCAACACCUCGUCCUCAACUGUGGGGAUAGCCAGUACGGUGGUGGACGACGGUGGGUCGAUGAGGAGUGUUGAUGACGAGAAUCCCUUCGAGUUAUCGGAUGGGUUAAGGUGGUAUAUGAUCGAUGCGCAGGAGGAGAAAUCGGGGGCGCCUGGCACCCCCUCAGUCGGAAAGUCAACCGUCACCGCGAGCAACGUCGAGGUCAAGGGACACAUGGGGUUGGGCAGGAAGGAACACAAGUCAAGCAUAGGGAUGGGCGGAGGUGGCACCAGUGCCACGACGACCAUGGUUACUAAAACACUUACCAAAAGCCUGGAUAGUCGGCGGUCGAGCUCGGGGAGCAAGAAAAGCGUGGAUCUCAAGGGCAAGCUUCUCGACCGGAGCAGCAGCGUUAAGGACGGGAUGCCUUCAUCGAAGCUUGCACCUCUAGCGCCUAUUUCCAGCGACACGGACGUUGAGCAAAGGCGUCCACUUCCACAUGAUGUGGGUGGCAGAACUGUGGCCAUCCCGGACGAUGAUGCCCACGCGGAUGCAGAUGCAGAAAAUGAGAAUGACGAGCCUGAAGGGCCGGGUCUAGCGGGCUCAACGAUGGUGCAAGCUGCGGGUCAAGGUCGAGGCCAAGCUGGGACAGCCAGUGUACCCAGUAUCGUGCGCCGUCCCACCGAAGCAAGCCAGACAGACCGAGAGGAUGCGCAGGUCUUUGAAGUGAGUGGUAACCCUGCGACUUCUGAGCUUGCGGGCUCUGCCGCGAGGGAAAGAUAUCCUCAAGCCUCUGCGUCUGGCUACGCCGCCCUCAAAGCGACGCAGCAUGAAUCGUCUCUGGCGCAACGGCUGAACAAGAGACCGGUAUAUUCAGCCCUCACUCCAGGAAGCACAUCACAAUCACCCUAUAGACCAAAGAAACAGAAUGCAACGACGCCAGCGGCAAGCCCUGCGAAGCAUCCUGGUGUUACCACGGGAGUUGAGGCUGUCUCGACUCCAUCACCCUCGGCGAAACCGAGGGAGAGACCUUGGGACAAACUGUUCAGCAUGGAGUUUCGGUCCUAG